CAUAGCCGAUUAUAUAGUAUUAUCUAAUCUCAAGAAUCAAGAUAUAUAGGGAGUUUUCUAUUUAAAACAAUUGUGUUAUGAGUUGGAGAACUGGUAAAGAGGAGACAUUGCAUGAACUACACUGAGAUAGUUGUUCAGAUUGGUAUCAAGUCCACGGUACCUCUAACUGCUAUUUGAAUACAAGAGAUUCUUCAUGUCUCCGUCAUCACAUAAUAUAUAUAUUGGGUAGAUGAAGGGAAGAAGGCAAAUUGCCAGAUUGAAUUGCAAUCAAAACUGCUUAGUUUUCUCCUCUAGAAGAAAUAAUGGCUACCACUCCAAACAUCCAAGCCUGUUACCAUGCUCGAUCUAACAGCUUGCCCUCUAGAUCACACCCUAUAACUUCAGAAGUUGAUGAGCAUUUGAGCAGAUUGGCAGCAUCUGAAUCUGCAUCAACAUCAUCAUCCUUAAACUGCAAACUUGGCACCCUUCAAGAUUUACAUGAUUGCGUUGAUAAGCUGCUUCGAUUGCCCCUCACUCAACAGAUCUUAGCCCAAGAGCAGCAGAGGGAAUAUGUUGAUGAGCUGUUGAAUGCAUCUCUUACGCUUUUAGACGUGUGCACCACUGCCAAGGAUGCCUUGUUUCAAGUAAAGGAAUGCACACUAGAACUUCAAUCAAUCUUGCGGCGAAAGCGAGGUGCUACAACAGGGUUUGCUAAUGAGGUUAGAAAAUACUUAACCUCUAAGAAGACAACUAAAAGGGCAAUCUUGAAGGCCCUAAAGAAUUUGAAGCAUAAGGAAAAUAAACAAAGAACUGUUCAACAUGAGACAGAGCCCGUGUUCAGCAUCUUACGAGAGGUGCAAGCAGUCACACUAAGUGUGCUAGAAUCCUUCUCGUUCUUUACUUUUGGGCCUGAGAAAGAAACAAAGUUGAGCCAUUGGUCACUAGUCUCAAAGCUAUUGCACACAAAAAGAGUGGGGAGUGAAGGUGAACAGCAGAUCAAUGAAAUGGCAAAUGCUGAAGCUUCAUUGCUUUCCCUUGCAACAAGCAAAUCUGACAUCAUGCAAAUUGAGAAUGUUCAAAAUGAACUGCAAAAAUCAGAGUCUUUCAUUCAAGACUUUGAAGAAGGGCUUGAAGGCCUGUUUAGGUGCCUGAUCAAAGUCAGAGUCAAUAUUCUCAGCAUACUCAACCAUUAG